UCCGAACAUCCAAACAUCAACUCCUCAGCUGGCUAACUCCGUACUUCCACAAAAUGCAAACACCGAGCAGUGGAGAGUCCGGUCUCGAUCUGGCACGGCAAGUAUGCACAUCAUGCAAGACUCGGAAAAGGAAGUGCGACAAAGCAUUUCCUCGAUGCUCGUCAUGCGCAAAGAGCAACUUGACCUGUCAAUACUUGACCGUAGAAGAGAAGCGCAAAUCCGAAACACCUGCGGCCGACCAUGGCCCAUUAUGGCACGAUCUUUCUGCCAGCCAAAGCCACGCGGAGCUCAACUCCAUAGACUUUUCCACAAUUCUAUUCUUGGAUCCAAGCCUCUUGCAGCACGGGCAGGUUGAGACUGCUCAGGCUGCUACCCUUGUUCCCGCACAUCUGCCGCACUUACUCGGAGAUAUGGACGAAAUCCGUGCCAUAACAUCUAGAUUCUUCCAACAUGUCCACCUUUGGAUGCCCUUCAUCUGCAGAAAACGCUUUUAUGAUCACCACCUGAGACCACCAUUCCAAGCUCAUCCAGAUGUUGUCCUUCUCUUACUUUCUAUCAAGCUCAUCACAACCUUCCCUCCUACAAAUCCGCGGAAUCCUCGGACUCUACUAUACAAUGCUGUCAAGCACUUCCACCUUGAAGUGGAAGGCUCAAGUGUAUCUUCGAUCUUGGUUCUGCAGGCUGGGGUGUUGAUUGCUCUGUAUGAACUAGGCCAUGCUAUAUACCCUGCGGCCUACAUGUCUAUUGGUGCAUGCGCUCGCUAUGCAUAUGCUCUUGGUAUUCAUGUUAGUGGAGUUGUGAGUACGAGAAAGGUUCUGACGUUAGUUGAGGUCGAGGAGAGAAGGAGAGUUUGGUGGGCAAUUGUUAUUUUAGACCGCUUCGUAAGUAUCGGUUGUCCUGGCAGAAAAUUUGCAACAGUGGAUCCUACCUUAGACGAUCUCCUGCCGUCAGACGAUGAAGCAUGGGACCAAGGGAUUGUCAACUCAGAUGAUUUCGUUCGAUUGUCGUCACCAAUGGCUGGACAUAUGAGCAAAUUUGGCCUACUGUGCCAAGCCGCGAGAUUGCUUGGUCAAGUCCUGCAGAACGUCUCCAGGGACUCGACAAAUGACGACGAUGAUGGAUGGAUGCAAUUAGAUCGAACCCUUCAGUCGAUGCUCACUGCUUCGUUGAAUGUGCCGUCACCAGACUAUGAUCGAAUUACUUUUAUUUACAGCACUCUCGUCGCUCUGUAUACACCACAGCUUGACUCAAACGAUCCGAGGUUUGUAGAAACAAAUAGUUCUCGGCGCGCAAGAGUGGGAAUCCAGCAAAUCACAGAAACGAUAAAAGGGAACUUGGUUGACAACGACUGCUUCUUCGGUCGGAAUCCAGAAGAACUAUCACCCUGGGGCAUCUUUUUCGCCUAUCACAUUUGCGCCAUUCAUAUGCGAUCUUCUCGAGAGAACCCUGCCUCUUUGCUAAUUGUGAAGAGUCUCAAAGAGACGUUUCGUGCAAUAGAUAUCAGGUGGAAUGCUGCCGGUAGUGUCUACCUUCAACUCCUUGAGGCACGAGAAGUGAUG